AUGCGCAGAUUGGGCGCGCGAGGCAUCACGGAGCUCGUAGUUUCUAGGACAAGCCGCUGCCGGCCUCGCGGCCGCACCUCCCCACACUACAACUCCCACGGGGCAGCGGGCGCGGCUCCCCGCACCCACCGGCUGGCCGGGCAGGGCAGCCACUUCGCGGUCGGGCCCGCCGGCUGCGGGCGCCCGCGCGAGGGGCGGGAAGAUGGCGGACGUGGUCGUGGGCAAAGACAAGUGCGGGGAGCAGCGGCUCAUCUCGCUGCCUCUAUCCCGCAUCCGGGUCAUCAUGAAGAGCUCCCCGGAGGUGUCCAGCAUCAACCAGGAGGCGUUGGUGCUCACGGCCAAGGCCACGGAGCUCUUUGUUCAAUGCCUAGCCACCUAUUCCUACAGACACGGCAGUGGAAAGGAAAAGAAAGUACUGACUUACAGUGAUUUAGCAAAUACUGCACAGGAAUCAGAAGCUUUUCAGUUUCUUGCAGAUAUAUUACCAAAGAAGAUUUUAGCUAGUAAAUACCUGAAAAUGCUUAAAGAGGAAAAGAGGGAAGAAGAUGAGGAGAAUGACAAUGAUAAUGAAAGUGACCAUGAUGAAGCUGACUCCUAAACCAAAAAAGUGCUUUAGAAACCAGCCUGGCGAGGACGGCCCUGGACCCGCUCCACUGUCUCUAAGUAAACACAGCACUGCCCGCUUUUAGCGUCUUCACUUCUUCACAGACUUCCAGUGCGUGGUAUGCUUUCGAGGUAUUCUUUCCAGGCCGAGAUUGAGCACCUCAUGCACCUACGCCACAAACAGCCAGAGGGAAAGCGACCCAGACAGCAGCCCCUCCUUGACAGGCCCACCCUGCAGCUCAGGCAGCAAGAAAACAGCCGAUACCGGCAGCCAUUGCAGCUCCAAACUGCAGAGGCAAGGCCAAUUUUAACUUUUCAACUUACAGUCGAUUUUGAAGAGCUUCUACAUAUCAGUUACGUAAAUUCGUAUAUUUUGGAAUCAGUUCUUAUAAACAGCUCGAUUCAGUUUUAGCUAAAUUUAUAGUUUAUAGGUAGUAUGUUGCAUUUGAAUUUUUG